CGUGAAAAUGGGUUUGGAAUCCAAGUUAUCUGCUCUUAUUGAGCGAUUGUAUGAAAUAGAAGCUGUCAAAUUUGGAGAUUUUAAGCUGAAAAGUGGAAUUCAAUCCCCAGUUUACUUUGAUCUCCGUGUUAUCAUAUCUUAUCCUGAUUUAAUGAGUGAGGUUUCCGAAUUUCUUUACCAAGCAGCAGCAGAAGGUGGUGCACAGUAUCAGUCUAGCUGUGGUGUGCCGUACACAGCUCUCCCAUUGGCUACAUGCAUAGCAACAGCCCACAACAUUCCAAUGUUGAUCCGCCGGAAAGAAGCAAAGGAUUAUGGGACGAAAAAGAUGAUCGAAGGGAAAUUCAAGGAGGGCGAAACGUGUCUGAUUGUUGAGGACGUUGUGACUAGUGGUUCUAGUGUGGCUGAGACAGUUGAGUUGCUUCGUCCAGCAGGUAUUGUUGUGAGAGAUGCUGUUGUACUUCUGAACCGAGAGCAGGGAGGGACAGCGAAACUGAAGGCAAUGGGAGUGAAACUCCACAGUGUCUGCACUUUAUCUAAAGUAUUAGAGAUUCUAGAAAAGUCGGGAAAGCUCGAUGCUGAUAUGGUGAAGCGUGUCAAGCAGUUUAUUAAAGAUAACCAAUUCACUGUUCCACCAGCCGUACCGUCCAAGCCAGCUGAUAUAGCGAGUUUAUCCUAUGGUGAAAGGGCAAAGCUGUGUAAAAAUCCUGUUGCUAGGAGAGUGUUUGAAGUGAUGGAGAUGAAACGGAGUAACCUGGCCCUGUCUGUGGAUGUGACGUCUGCUGACCAGCUACUCAAGCUUGCAGAUUCCACUGGUCCCUACAUCUGUGUACUGAAGACACACAUAGACAUCUUGGAGGACUUCACCAUGGCGUUUGUAGAAAAGUUAAAAGCUCUGGCUCAGAAACACAACUUUGUGAUAUUUGAGGACAGGAAGUUUGCUGAUAUUGGUAACACAGUGAAGGAGCAAUAUGGGAAAGGUAUUUAUAGAAUAGCAGAGUGGGCUGAUAUCAUCAACGCCCAUGCCAUCCCUGGCCCUGGAAUCAUAACUGGACUCAAACAGGUUGUCAAAGGCAAGGACCGAGGCUGUCUGAUGAUUGCCGAGAUGAGCUCCGCAGGCAACCUAGCCAAGGACGGUUACACAGAAGCCUGCGUCAAGAUGUCGGAGGAAAAUAACGACUUUGUGAUUGGGUUUAUUUGCCAGCAGAAGUUGUCACAAGACCCCUGUAUGAUCCAUAUGACACCAGGUGUGAAAUUAGAGGAAGGAGGGGACCAGCUGGGACAGCAGUAUCUGACACCUAGCAGCGUCAUCGCCAAGAAGGGUACCGAUGUGAUCAUCGUGGGACGCGGAAUUACUCAGGCACCGGACCCUGUCGAAGCCGCUAAGCUAUACCGCGAUGCGGGUUACCAGGCAUAUCAGACUGUUAUUGGACAUUAGCUUCGAGUAAUAUGCUAAUCAUGUCUUGGCUCAAGAACAUAGUGACAUUUAAAGGCCUACGUCGUUCAUAAAAGAUUUGAAAUUUGUAAUUGAAUUUGAAAACACCCCAAUUGUGUAAAUUCGUACUAAAUGUAAAUUUCAGCAUCACUGUUAUGUAGACAGAUAUGCAAAUACUCUAGAUACCAAGUUUCAGCGAAUUUGUAUGUAUAAUAACUGCCCUACGGCAUUGUGUAUAUCUGCAUUUCUAUUUUCCAGGACCACCAGUAAUUACGAACGGCGUACCCUUUAAGUUGUGUGUGGGUGCUCAGAAGCAUUUACAACACUACUGGUGUUUAAACAAUUAUGCAAUAGUUCUGUAUGAUUUAAUCAUGAGAAUGAAAUAGUAUUUUAUAA